AUGUCGGAGAUAUAUGGAAACUUGAAUUAUUGCUACAGACGUUGGUUUAAGAGUCAUUGGCCCUCAUCACCUCCAGAUGAUGUGACGAAUUUGUUCAACGAAUACAAAGAACAUGAUAGGGAUAGAAUACGAACACCUAACCUGGCUGAAUAUCUCAAGAAACAUCAAGAUGUGGCGGAGAAGCAUGCUGUAAAGCUUGCACCAAAAAUCAUAGCUUCAAGAAAACUGAAGGGAUUCGCCAACUUUCGUAGAACCAGUCUCAGUAAGAAUGGCUUCUUUGCGUAUCUUCUCAGCAGCGAAAAUCAUCCCUUAGAUAAAAAGAAAAUGCCGGAGUUUGAUGGGAACGCUAAGUUAGCGCACUAUUUUGUAUACACAAGCAAUUGUUCCUACUUGGAACGGAACAAAAGCCAAAAUCCUAUCAAAUCUGCAGCAGCAAAGACGAUCACUAUGCCUUCUUGUCUCCGGAAAGGCCACAGGGGAGAGUCAGAGUCCAAGUCGGAUGGUGAUGGUGAGCCUAGUAACAAUCAAGAUAAAAAAGAGCAGGAGAAAUUCCGUAACAGUAUUACAGCAAUCGAAAAGGCUUUGUUGAUGGGUAUCAGAGUUAUUGAAUUGGAUGUGUGGCUGAACUCAGAUAAGAAGGGCAUUACUAUUUCUCAUCCGGGGACAAAAAAGACUUAUUAUAUUUGUAAUUACAAUGAGAAUCCAGAAAACAGUGGAAUUUUGAGAUUGACCGAAAACGAGAUAGAAUCUGCUAGAAGUACUGAGUAUACCAGUUUAACCCAGACGAAACUACUAGCAGUUUAUCCCAACUCUGAUGAUCCAGCAGUUUUCACUAAAAAUUUUGACCCUCUUAUUGGCUGGACACGCAGGGCUCAGAUGGUCGCAAUCAAUCCUCAGAAUUUUGACAAGCAUCUAUGGGUAAUGCAAGGGUUGUUUAGGGCACAACUCAACCAAGACUGUAAAAGACCUACUGGUUAUGUUAAAAAGCCAAAUAUCUUGCUGAAUAAUAAGAUUUUCGAUCGUACAGAAUGGCGCCCUGUUAAAAAGAUUUUAAAGGUAAAGGUAUAUUUGGGUACUGGCUGGCAUUUGGACUUCAACAGUGAAGAGGAAGAGUUUGAAAGUGAUUACUCCCCACCAGAUUUCUUCACAGCAGUUGAAAUUGUGGGAGUCCCAGUAGACGAGGCAAGAGAAAAAACAGUACCAGUCAUGGAUCAGUGGGUUCCAGUAUGGGAUCAAGAGUUCAAGUUCCCCUUAACUGUUCCUGAAUUAGCAAUGCUGCUGAUAGAGGUCAAAGAAUUUGACACCGACAGGACUCAUGACUUUGGAGGCCAAACUUGUUUGCCGGUCUGGCUACUCAGAAGUGGAAUCAGGUCUGUUCCAUUGUAUGACAAGAAGGGGAUUCUUAUGCGCUUUGAGUUUAACUGA